AUGGCCGAAACACAAAACCUAUCAGACCGAGACGAAUCCUUUGACUCAUCAGAUUCAGACAACGAAGAUGUGCAGGUACAAGUACAAGUACAAGAUCCAAUUUUGACAGCAAGAAAUGCUGGUGCAAGUCUUAGUGUUCCAGCAAAAGCUAACAUUGCACGUAAGAGAAAACUUCCUACCAACCAAGGAAAGUACAAUCAAAGGGGGAAUAAAACUAUUGCCAAUACAACUGCCUGGGAUUGUUUGAAGGAUUUCCCCAACCAUCAUUUUACUGUAAUCGACCGGAAAUUGCGGUGUAACGCUUGUAAUGAAGAACUCUCUUUGAAGAAAAGUUCAGUCAAAAAACAUAUUGAGUCAAAAAAGCACAAGAAGGGAUUGUCUGAUAUUGCAAAGAGCAAAUCACAAAACCAGACAAUAAUGGCAUGUCAGCAAAAGAGAGAUAAGAGAGAAAGUACACCUGGCUCAACCUUGCCUGCGGAAAUGCGAUUGUUUCGUUUUGGAGUUGUUGAAUCUUGUCUCAAUGGUGGUAUACCAAUAGGGAAAAUCGAUGCCCUUCGACCGUUACUAGAGAAGCAUGGCCAUCGGUUAACCAGCAGCGGCCAUUUGGGCGAGCUUAUUCCAGCAGUACUAGAAAAAGAGAAGGACAAGCUGCAGGAAGAACUCAAAGAUGUGAAAGAGGCUUGUGUAAUUUUCGAUGGUACAGCCAGAUUGGGUGAAGCUCUGGUUAUCAUAAUCCGCUUUGUCCAGGAAAACUUUAUACCUACUCAGCGGCUCAUACGCCUGGAAAUUCUUGCAAAGUCACUGAAAGGAGAAGAAUUGGCUCAGCGACUAAUGUCUUGCCUGGCUGUGGAUUAUAAGCUUGGUCCGAGUACAGUCAUUGGAGCUGUAAGAGAUGGCGCAUCUGUUAAUGGAGCUGCCUUGAGACAGCUGAU